AUGGACUUCUCGAGCUUGCACGGAGGCCCUCGCAACGCCUAUACACAUUACUCCCCUGACAGCGAGUCUUACCUUUCGCACAGAGAGCCAGACUUGUACUUUGCAGACUCUUACACAUAUGCCUCUGAUUACUUCAGGGACUCCUUUUUCGAUGACAACCCACACUCCUAUUCGAUGACGAAACCGCUGGACGUAAUCGGCCCUUGGGACAGUCCAUCACCUAGCACAUUCCCUGGUACAAAUCCAAUAACCAACUCCGCAUUCGCAGUGAGCGAUAGCCAUCUGAAAACAUGGCCAAACUUCAACUCUGGGGAUCUAGCAUACGGAAAACAUGCUCACGAUGCUGAAAUAAUGGAAACUCAUCACACCGCCGACUCGAUACACACCUGCAGUAGCAGUCCCUCAUCUCCAGCCAUCUCACCCCAAAUAGCAACGCAAUCACGUCUUCCGUCACCUUCGACCUGUUCUCGAACCUUUAUACACGUCAAGUCCGAGCCUACAAGACGCAAGCGAGGCCGCCCCCGGCUCCCACCAGCAGCCUCCAAGGUCCCAGCAAGCAUCGUUUCAAAAAAGGUCGAGCGGCCGCAAUGCAUACCACAUACAGAAGUCGAACGCAAGUAUAGGGAGAAGCUUAACACGGAGUUGGAGCGGCUACGUCGAGCUGUUCCGUCCUUGCUUCGAGCCGAUUCGGAUAAUGUCAUGGGCGGUGCGAGGAUAAGCAAAAGCGCAGUGCUGGCAGUGGCAAUCGAUUACAUCAAGGACUUGGAGGCGCAGAGGGAUAGUGCUCUGGAUGAAGUUAAAAGACUCGGUGGGGAGGUGCGGUUUGGGAAUAGGUAA